AUGGCCAUGCCAGGUGAAGAACGCACCGGUCCAAAUGAUGCCGUUAUCAGGACUAGACUACAACCCUUCUCAAACGCCAUGUGGUACAGGAACCCACACCCCUCUAACCUCGUCAUCCGUUACGGCACUUAUGGUGAGAUGGAAUUCAGGGGCCACCAACUCAUCCUCUGUUCCGCAAGCAAACGGUUUAUGAACGCGUCUCAGGACUGGAAGGAAUAUAGAGAACAAACUAUUGUGCUCUCCAGCGACAGCCCCGACAGCCUUGGAGUACUAUUUGAGCAUGCCUACACACAACAAUAUAAGAAACAACAGAAGGAAGAGGCAUUCCGAGCCGCAGCAGGAAGCUUAGAAGCAUAUGCUUUUAGGAACCUAGAAGACGUUGUGGACGAUUUUACGCUAAUGCAUCGUCAUAUUGGGGAAACUGGCGAAUUCGUUGCCCCUGUGUUCUACAGGUGGAUGGACAAGGAGAUAUACUACUAUGCGGACGAUUACUUUCCAGCGUUGUACGAAGCAUGUCCACCAUCAGCUGUCGAUGAGAAAGCAGAAGGAGCCGCGGGCAGCCCAUCAUCAGUUCGUAACCCUGUCCAGAUAUCUUCUUCUCCGGACGUGGAAGAGGAAGAGGAAGAGGAAAAGAAGAAAAAAGUAGGGAUACUUGACCCAAGCCACCCUGUCGACCGUACCAAGAGUCUCCUGAUACAAGCAGCUGUCAGAGUCUGGGCUGGUGAUGAGAGUCCGCUUGAACGUCAAGAUCUCAUAACUAUAGCAGGGGAGAUUCUGGAGGUUGACAGGGAUCUGUCCGUUGCAGCAUUACAAUCAUUAUCGCUGUUGCCUGUUAGGGAGGACGAAAUUGAAGUGGAAGGUUGA